AUGGCUGCAGGCAGAUACCCAACAAGCGGACACCCAGGGAACCUGACGCAGGAGCAAAAGGCUACCCUCCAACAGUUCAAGCAGGAGCUCGCUGCGGAGGGCUACUAUGACCCGGCCAAGCACGACGACGCCAUGCUCCUGCGCUUCCUCCGCGCCCGCAAGUUCGACCUCGCCAAGGCCAAGAUCAUGUGGAUCGACACGCAGAAGUGGAAGCAGUCGUUCCACGUCGACGAGCUGUACGAGACGUUCGACUACAAGGAGAAGCCGGAGGUCGACAAGCUCUACCCCCGAUUCUACCACAAGACGGACAAGGACGGCCGCCCCGUCUACAUCGAGCAGCUCGGCAAGCUCGACCUGACCGAGCUGUACAAGGUGACGACGCCGGAACGACAAAUGCAGUCGCUCGUCGUCGAGUACGAAAAGUUCCAGCGCGAGCGCCUCCCCAUCUGCUCCGAGCUCCAGGGCCAUGUCAUCGAGACGAGCUGCACCAUCAUGGACUUGAAGGGCGUCGGGUUGAGCCAGUUCUGGAAGGUCAAGAACUAUGUUCAGGAGGCGUCGGCGAUUUCGCAAAACAACUACCCUGAAUCGAUGGGCAAGUUCUACAUCAUCAACGCGCCGUGGGCUUUCUCGACCGUCUGGUCCCUCGUCAAGGGCUGGCUCGACGAGGCGACAGUCGCCAAGAUCCACAUUCUCGGUUCCUCGUACCGCGACGAGCUUCUCAAGCAAGUGCCGGCCGACUCGCUCCCCAAGUUCCUUGGCGGCGAGUGCGAGUGCGCUGGCGGGUGCUCGAUGAGCGAUGCGGGUCCUUGGAAGGGCAAGACUAAGGAGGAGACGGUCCAGGCGUUGGAGAAGCUCAAGCAGAGCGUGAGCGUCGAGCGGGGAGACGAGCAGGGCUUGAUUGCCGGUCCGGGUCAGGGAACCGCCGUCGUUCCUCAAUCUACCGCCGUGCAGGCGUAA